AGACCCAGCCCUGUUUUUUAAAUUAUUUUUAUUUAGUGGUGAAGUCCCAACCCGCUGUCUGAGUCUGCGUGCUUCUCACCGUCGAGGGACACUUGGGCCGUUUGACUGAGGACGCGGCGGCUCUGCUGUGCCCCCCGACAUCCAGACUCUCAGGCUCCGCCUCACCGCGCCGCCGAGAUGGCGCCCACCCUGGCCACGGCCUUCUCCCGCCGCUGGUGGAUGGCGGUGACGGCGGUCAUCGAGAACCUGCUCUUCUCCGCCGUGCUGCUGGGCUGGGGAUCCCUGCUCAUCAUGCUGAAGUCGGAGGGCUUCUACUCCUACAUGUGCAAAGGGCCGAGUGAGUCAGCCGUCGGAGGUCAGAGGUCGGGGGUCAGAGAAAACGUCUCCGUCCUCGACUUCUCCAACGCCUCCACCUCCGCGCCGCCCGACCACGAGGAGUACCUGGAGAUGAACGGCUGGCCCAUCUGCAAGGACCAGGACGAGAUGCUGAACCUGGCCUUCACCGUGGGCUCCUUCCUGCUGUCGGCCAUCACCCUGCCGAUGGGCAUCGUCAUGGACAAGUACGGCCCGCGGAAGCUACGACUUCUGGGCAGCGCCUGCUUCGCCUUCUCCUGCCUCCUCAUCGCCUACGGCGCCAAUGACCCCAACAAUCUGUCCAUCCUAAUCUUCUUUGCUUUGGCGAUGAACGGGUUCGGAGGCAUGUGCAUGACCUUCACUUCCCUGACCCUCCCCAACAUGUUCGGCGACCUCAGGUCCACCUUCAUCGCUCUGAUGAUCGGAUCCUACGCCUCCUCUGCUGUCACCUUCCCCGGCAUCAAGGUGAUCUACGAUCUGGGUGCCACCUUCAUCAUCAUCCUGAUGGUCUGGGCCGCCUGCGCCUGCCUCGUCUUCUUCAACUGCUUCGUCAACUGGCCUCUGGAGCCCUUCCCCGGCCCGGAGGACAUGGACUACACGGUGAAGAUCAAGUUCAGCUGGCUGGGCUUCGACCACAAGAUCACGGGGAAGCAGUUCUACCGGCAGGUGACCACGGUGGGGCGCCGCCUCAGCGUGGGCAACUCCAUGAAGCAGCAGCAGCAGCACACGGACCUGGCCUCGCAGGAGGCCAACAAGCUGUGCCUCUCCACCGUGGACCUGGAGGUGAAGUGCAAGACCAAGGAGGAGACUCAGUCCUUCAUGAAGAGCGUCCUCAGCCCCAUCUUCCUGCUCAGCCUCAUCACCAUGUGCGUGACCCAGCUGCGCCUCAUCUUCUACAUGGGGGCCAUGAACACCAUCCUGGAGUCGCUGACGGAGGGAGACCUCAGCACAGUGAGCGUCUACACCUCCAUCUUCGGCGUGCUCCAGCUGCUGUGUCUGGUCACCUCCCCCGUGAUCGGCUACGUCAUGGACUGGAAGCUCAAAGACUGCGAGGACGACGGCGACAAGGGUUGCAAGAGGGAGCCGGGUCGGCCACGUCGGCCCGACAAACAGAUCCAGAAGAUCGUGAACGCCACCAGAGCCUUCGUCUUCACCAACCUGCUCCUGGUGGGCUUCGGCUUCAGCUGCAUCGUGCAGAACCUGCCGCUCCAGAUUCUGUCCUUCAUCCUGCACACGAUUGUCCGAGGCUUCAUCCACUCGGCAGUGGGAGGCCUGUACGCUGCUGUGUACCCGUCCUCUCAGUUCGGCAGCCUGACCGGCAUGCAGUCUCUGAUCAGCGCCCUGUUCGCUCUGCUGCAGCAGCCGCUCUUCAUGGCCAUGGUGGGCCCCCUGGAGGGAGACCCGCUCUGGGUGAACGUGGGCCUGCUGGUGCUGAGCUUGCUGGGAUUCUGCCUGCCGCUCUACCUGCUGUGCCACAGCCGCCACCUGCAGCGCCUCCGGGACGAGCGAGACGAGGAUCCCAAGAUCUACGCCAAGGCCAUCGACGACACCAAGACCGAGGCCUUCGUCUAGACCCGCAGGGGGCGGAGCUAAAGGAGAGAGAGAGAGAGAGAGAGAGAGAGAGAGACAUUCACUCACACCAUUUUACUGCCAGUCUUUAUUUGUUCGAUAUGACUACUACUACACCACUGUGACACCCGGUCUCACCCACUCUGAUGCUACACACUGUGACCCACACACACACACACACACCGGCGCUAAGAGCUCCCACUCCCACGAAGGCAUCGCUGAACUAAGGAGGAGAACGUGGGAGAAGGAAGGAAUGGCAGACUUUUUAUUGUAUUUUUAUACAUAUAUAUAUUUAAAUAUAUAUAUAUAUAUAUUUAAAUAUAAUUCUAAAUAUAUUUAAAUAUAUAUUUAAAUAUAUUUAGAAUUAUAUUUAAAUAUAAAUAUUUAAAUAUAUUUAUAUAUAUUUAAAUGUUUAUAUAUAUUUAAAUAUGAUUCAAAUGACUCCUCGACACGUCUUUUAUUUCUCUGUGACGAGGGACUCCUGCCGGUUAAAGAAAGUAAAACACAAACAAAGAGAAGAAGAAGAAGAAGAAGAAGAAGAAGAAGAAGAAGAAGAAGAAGAAGAAGAAGAAGAAGAAGAAGAAGAAGAAGAAGACGGCAGCCAAUGGAAAAACAGGAGACGUCGUCUCUUAAAAAGCUUCACGUGGACUGACUGUGGUAACCAUGACGACCUCUGUGUCUUAGUUUUUUGGGGAAGUGGGACAAACAGACGCACACUCAGCUUAGUCGCUACUUCCUCUCGUGCUCGAGGGCGCCACCCGAACGGGCGGACGGCUCGGAUUCGAACACGCGACCUGAACGGUCAGGACAACACAGCACGUGUGUGUGUGUGUGUGUGUGUGUGUGAGGAAACACUGCAUGAUGCCGGAGACAAUUCUGGUUCCUGUGUUACCGUGAAACAAACACACACACACGCACACACACACACACACACACACACACACACACACACACACACUCGUUUGUGUGUGUUUUGUUUUGCUCAUGAAUUCAUUUUGUGUGUGUUUUGUUUUUUCUCUUCUUUUUUUUUCUCAGAUGUAUUUACUUGCAAUAUGAUUCUCAGAUGUGUUGUUAAAUCUUUGCUCCCUGAAGACGGAGAUAGACACACACACACACACACACACACACACACACACACACACACACACACACACACACACACACACACGAUUUCCUCGUAGCAAUAAGUGCUUCUGUGAGGUUCUGGGAAACACAAUCGCUCGCUCUGCUGUAUUUUCUAAAUCUAAACAAACAAACAAAAAGGUGCUAUUUGAACCGGCAACAAAAUUGCCGUCAAGUGUUGGUUUUUUCUCUCUUUCGGGCGACGCGGUGGCCUCCAAAGAAACCGGUUCGCCGACACCGGGGCACCGAGCGCAGCUCCACGACCAUGUUUUGGAUUGUUCGUGGUAACUCACAGAGGCACUUCCAAAGACAGCCCCCACCCUCAGAGUGCCUCUCUGUGUGGACAGGACAUGGGAGGAGAGGAGCCCCCCCCCCACCCAUCACUUUCAUCCAUCCAC